GUAUUACCGGAAGUUGACGUAAAACAGCGCGCCAAAUUCACUACACCAAAACACAUGUGAGUGUAUGUAAAACCCGAGAGGAUAAAGAUACGAACAUUGCAGGCUGAGGGAGGCUGUGCAGCAUGGCGGUACCUUUCGUGCAGGACUGGGACCUGGUUCAGACGCUUGGAGAAGGAGCUUAUGGAGAAGUGAGGUUACUGGUGAACAGACAGACUGAGGAGGCAGUUGCAGUGAAGGUGAUCGAUACCUCUCAGGCCAAAGAAUGUGCUGAAAAUGUCAAGAAGGAGGUCUGUGUCCAUAAGAGCCUCAGCCAUCAAAACAUUGUUCGUUUUUUUGGCCAUCGAAAGGAAGGUUCAACUGUGUAUCUCUUCUUGGAGUACUGCUCUGGAGGGGAGCUGUUUGACCGAAUCGAGCCUGAUGUGGGGAUGCCACAAAAAGACGCUCACAAGUUUUUCCAGCAGCUAAUUGCAGCUGUGGAGUACCUUCACAGUGUUGGCAUCACUCACAGGGACAUAAAACCAGAAAAUAUUUUGCUGGAUGAUAAAGAUAACCUGAAGCUGACAGAUUUUGGCCUAGCCACAAUGUUUCGCCACAAAGGACGAGAGCGUCUUCUUACCAGACUCUGUGGGACCCUUCCUUAUGUGGCUCCAGAGCUUCUCAGCCAAACGGAGUUCAGUGCUCAGCCUGCAGACAUUUGGGCUUGUGGAAUUGUCCUCACUGCCAUGCUGGCUGGAGAGUUACCGUGGGAUCAACCCAGUGAAAGUUGUCAAGAGUACUUAGAUUGGCUGCAAAAGAAAACCUACCUACCUCCUUGGAAGAAAAUACCGCCUAUGCUUCUUGGUUUGCUGUCCAAAUUACUUCUGCCCAAUCCAGACAGACGAAUUACCAUCUCAGACCUAAAAAAUGACCGCUGGUUUGCUCAAGGUGUAAAGCAACCACCAGUCUCAACUGGGAACAAACAUUUUCGUUCUGAAGUUGGAGUCCUGUCCCGAGCCAACAGUGAUGACAGGAUGCAGUUUUCCAGCUCUCAGCCAGAUCUCGUCCCAGGAGGCUGUGAAACUGUGUCAUUCCUCGGCCAAACUGAUGGUCAGGUGAGCUUCUCUCAGCCGACCAAACCGGAGCACAUGCUGCUGGGAAGUCAGCUAAUGGGGACACCCGGAGCCAGCCAGAAUCCUUGGCAGAGAUUAGUGCGGAGAAUGACUCGUUUCUUCACCAAUGUGGACGCUGAUGCAUCCUUCUCUGGUCUGCAAGAUGCCUGUGAUGGUCUGGGACUUAGUUUCAAAUGCAGCUGCACCAAACAGGUGACUGUGAGCACACUGGACAAACGCAACAACAAACUGAUCUUCAAAGUCCAUUUGCUGGAGAUGGAUCAGAAAGUGCUGCUAGACUUCAGACUGUCCAAGGGAGACGGUCUGGAGUUUAAGCGUCUUUUCGUGAAGAUAAAACAGAAACUUGGUGAUAUUAUCAGCACCCAGAAGAUUUUACACCCCCUCAUGUGACUGGCUUUAUCCUCACAGCUUCUGGUGUUUACAGUUCAACACACUGUAUUGGACUUUGAAGAGAAAACCUGUAUAUAUUUAGAUGUUCUACUGUUUUUAAAGCUGUCUGUUUUGUUUGCUCUUUGUUUUCUUGUGUUUGUACCCUUCUGAGAACCGGUUAAGUUUAAGGAAGAGGCCAUUUCAAAGAUGGCACUUGUAGAAGCGCUUGACAACUAUGUUUAAUUGGAUUGUGAACUUCAUUAUGUUCACAAAGGGACAGAUGUGUUGUUUUACUCCUUUGAGAAGACUGAUGUGUUCUGAUUAUGUUAUGUCUGAUAUGUUAUGACAUGAUAGUCCAAAGUCUCAAAUAAAUUAUU